CCCUUUUGAUAACCAGACUCUAAUUUAGUUCCGAAGUUAUAACCGCAGAUAAGUAUGAAUUUCCAGGGGCAAGAUCUACCAACCACUUCAGUCCCGCCCGGCAAUAUAUCUCGUGGGAGCUAUAACCUUACUAGUAAUGAUAUCGAGUGCAUUCCUAGCGAACUUCGCAAUUCUUACUGCGCGCAUUUUUACGUUGAGUUCUUCGAGAUCCAUAAAGAGGCACAUCUGACACCAGAAUAUCCAAAUCACGCCAUGAUCGGGAUCGAAUUCGCGGAGAAAUGUGGUGAAUACGAGGGAGUUGUCAUAGAUAUAGUCGCAGAUUUCGAUGACAUCGUUAGCCGAGGUGACCUCGACUUCUCAGAGCACACGCCUGGUAAAAUGGUCAUUCUGCCUCUCGAGUACAAAGAUGCUUCUCCGAUCACAACUCGUACUUUUCAGUUUUCUCCCCCGCCCCAGACAGCUCCCAGACUGUUGGGGGAUGUGCUCGCAAGUAUAACGAAGGCCGGACUCCAGCACUUUGACUUUAGUGGAGAGAUGGGAGGUCCGCUACUGCGUGGGUGCCGCGACUUUAUGUAGGUUGGAGCUUGGACGGCGAUCGAAACGAAAAGAUUCACUAAUACUAAGUAUGAGAUAGUUACCAGGUUUUCAUCCAUCUGAUAAUUUCUGGAUAUACUGAAAACCGAGUUAGAAUGACCUGGCCGACCCCCCCGCUCCCGUUGCAGGUACAAUACCUGUCUGAUAUCAUGGGAAAGCAUUAUAGCGACGAAGGAGAUGUCGAGCAUCCCGUCCGUAGAGGUCGAUUCCGUAUCUACCAGCGUAAACUGAUUGGUAUUUCACUACUUAUAAUUCGUGUUGAUGUUGGUGUUAGUGUUGGUGUUGAUUUGCACAUAGAGUUGAGCAAGUUGAAGAUUCAAUUAAAGUUGACUUAUACAUCUUGCGUGGAUAGUAGGUACGAAUAUCGCAUGGAUUAUCCUUUUGUUCACGUAACACAGCUUCGCCGUACUGAAGUCAAGAGGUGAGAUUUCCUUACAAUGCAAACCCGUCUUAGAAGGAGGACAGAGAGUAGUUAGUGGUAUGAGUAAGACUUGGAUGAUUUGUGUGAAACCGCACAUAUUUUACGUGUGCGUGAUGACUUGCUAAAUUUAGAAUCAUUCUACAUCGAUUAUUUGUACUGAAGGUCUAUUCAACCAUCUUGGCUACAAU